AUGGUUGCUCAAUUUCUCAAGAACCAGCAAAGGGAUGCAUACCAAUGUGAGAACGUGGGAGCUUCUCAUGGUAAGGAUAAAGAGGAGUGUAAUGGUGAUAACACUCACAAGCAGCAAGGAGAAGUCAACUACAUUGAUGCUAGAGAGGAAAGACUUGAAGCUAUGAUGCAACAGCUAAUGGAAAAUCAACAACAUAUGAUGGAAAGACAAGAGCAAAACGCCCAAGAGAUUGAAAACCUUGAGUUCAAAAUGGCGAACGACUAUGGUCAUCUCAACAGAAAAGAUGAUGAGAUAUUUGCAAAGCUCUUUGAUCUAACCAAUCAUGUGAAGAUGCUUGAGGUACAAGUUGCUCAAAUAGCAGAAGGUAUGAAGAGGCAAGAGGGUUUUCUUCCAAGUAAGACUGAGUUAAAUCCAAGAGUUUGCAAAGUUAUCACAACUCAGAACAAGGACGUAGUCUCACCAGCCCCUAGAGAUCAUUCAACCCUCAAAAACCCAUUGGAAUGGCCUGAAGAUGAUGAGCCAAUCUACAAGGGACCUCAUCAAAGAAAGCUGCAUAAGAUGGAAGAUCCAGGGCAAUUUGUUUUCCCAUGCACAAUCAAUGGUAUGGAUUUUAUUGAUUCCCUCUGCGAUACAGGAGCUAAUGUGAAUGUUAUGUCUAAGCUUAUAGCAGACGAGCUUGGAAUAGUUGACAUUAAAGACUCUCAAACAUCACUGAAGUUUGGAAACGCCUCUACUAUUACCCCAUAUGGCUUUGCUCAAGAUAUAUUGGUACAAGUGGGAGGUUGUCUUGUUCCUACAGAUUUUCAUAUUCUAGAGAUGAAUGAGGAACCCCUAACGCCAUUGGUUUUUGGUAGUUCCUUCCUUGCAACAGUUGGAGCUAAUGUGGACUAUCCAAACCAAAGAGUUUCUUUCUCUAGAGUAAAGAAAAGAGUCUUUUAUCCAGCAGUCCCUACCAAGAGCUCUUAUUGUAUAACCAUUAGGAAUGGCAGCAGAUUGAGUUUAGACCAUGGAGAAGAGAAGGAGAAGCCUCAAAACGUUUCCAAGCAAGCUCUUUACAUAAGAUCUUAUGAAGUUACCAAAUCAGUGAACUCUGAUCAUGAAAGUUGCUUAAGAGACAAGGUUUCGACUGUGAUGCCUAAAGAGUAUGAUGCAGAUAGUUCUAAGGAAGUUUUCCACCUUGAGAAACGUCCUAGAGCACCUCCAAAACCAGCACCAUCCGACACUCCUUGGUUUAGAUACAUUGCCAACUAUCUUGCUGCUGAUCAUCCACCACCCCAAUUCUUUGGCUACAAGAAGAAGAAAUUCUUACGUGAUGUUAGAAGCCGUUUAGGAGAUAUCACGUUUGUACGGAAGACUGGUCCACAGCCGGCCGAACGCACUCGGCCGGACAGGAAGGGUAUUGGCUUCGCUCGGCCUUCUCCAGGACCGAUCCGGCCGCACGACCGCACCGUCCGACCCGGGAGGCAAUGGACCAAUCGACCGAGAUCAUCACAUCACGGCCGACCAGACCGUGCGACCCGGGAAGCAAAGGACCGCGCUCGACCCGAUCUCCGCGAACAAGAAGCCCACUUAUGCAGUUUUGACUUUUCUCAGCCCAAUUAA